CUUCUCUCUUCGACUCUUUAGAUUUUCGCAUUUUCAACUGUACAAUCGAUCAGCCAUGGACGUUUCUUCAACAUCUGUUUCAAAACAACAGCCUUUGUCUGAUUCGGAAGUAAAGGUUCAAGGUAAUAGUAACAAAGCUGAUGAGAUAUGUUCGAAUCUACCUGAAAGACAUACCUCAUCGACUUCACCAGCACCCGCGCUCGCGCCGGAGAAGAAGAAGAAGCGAAAUGGGUGUCCUGGCGUUCGUGUUGUCGGAAGUCGUAUUUAUGAUUCUCAGAAUGGCAAGACUUGUCAUCAGUGCCGGCAAAAGACAAUGGAUAUUGUGGCAUCUUGUAAGAAUGAGGAAAAGGAAAAACAAUGCAACGUGAAAUAUUGCCAUAAGUGCCUUCUCAAUAGAUAUGGAGAGAAAACUGAGGAAGUUGAAGCUUUAAAGGAGUGGGUUUGUCCUAGGUGCAGGGGUAUUUGUAAUUGCAGUUUUUGCAGGAAGAAAAACGGGCAACAACCAACUGGGAUACUUACACAUACUGCAAAAUCAAUUGGCUUUGCAUCUGUUUCAGAGAUGCUUAUUGUCAAUGGUUCUGAUGUUCAAUUGCUAAAGGAAUCUACUUGUGGAAUAAAAAGAAAAGGAAAGGAAAAUUCUGGUCUUGAGGAAAACAUUAAGAAGGUGAAAGAGGGAGAUGUGAUAGAUAAUGGAGUUCUUAUAUCAAAGAAAAGGAAAAGGAAGAGCACAAAAGGCAAUGAGGGAAUACAUAAAGAUGAAUGCCAUGAUGACAAUUCCAAGAUUUCUAUUAGUUCCUCGAGUGUUGCUGAAAUUCCCCUGCUGCCUCAAGGAUCUGAAUUGAAAUCUGUAGCUAACAUUGAACUGCAACCUGAAGAAAUUGGUCAUGCAUUGCAGUUAUUAGAAUUUUGUGCUGCUUUUAAAGAGAUUCUUGAACUGAAGAAAGAUGAGUCUGAAUACAUCUUGCGCGAACUAAUUCGUGGGGGCGGUGGAUGUAUAGGACGUUCUUCUCCAGUAGCCCAGUUUCUUGUUCGUUUAUUAACCCUGAUAGACACAGACUCGGGAGAGAGAUCUAAUGUGAUAAAUCAUAGACUAAGCCACAAAACAUCAUGGCUGCUUGCACUACACAGAUGUAUCUCUACUUCAACAUUUCUACCAGGGAAAUUGAAAUUUGAUCAAUUUGACGGGGGAGUUGACAGUUUCAAAAGUUUAAACUCCGUAGAAAGGCUUACUCUUGUAAACUUUGUGUGUGAUGAAGUUCUUUGCACCAGCAAGGUAAGAAAUUGGAUGGAAGAACAGCAAUUGAAAUGCAAUGAGGAGGUGAAGGAAACAAAAGAAAAAAUUGCUGCUGCGAAACAAAAGGAGAAACAAUUGAAGCAGAAGAUGAAAGAUGAGUUGGCUGAAGCGAUCAAUGCGAAAAAUGGUGUUCCUCUUUCAGUUUCUGAACAUACAACCAUCAUCUCACAAUUUAAAGUGCAAACAGACCAAGUUCGUGCUGAGAUAUUGGAAGCAAAAAAAUUGCUAUGUUCAGAAAAACAACAUUGUAGUUCUGUUAGGAGAAAGCCUGUCUUCAUGGAUAAUGAGGGACUUAUAUUUUGGAGAUUGAAGGGUUGUGGCAAUGAGUCAAAUAUUAUACUUCAAGAAGUAAGUCUCCUAGAUGAAUUAGAUGUUCAUGAAAAAUGGUUUACUUAUGAAGAAGGGGAGCAAAUGGACAAGGUUAAGAAAUACAUAUCAUUCAAGACAAUUCUAGAAGAAUAUUCGACACACUACCAGAUUGAAGAUUCGACCGAUGAAAACCCAUCGACUCAAUUCGAUCGAGCUUGCGAUUUCUAUCUAGACUUUCCAACAAUCAACGAUUGA